ACAUGCGACCCCGCUGGGUGUGUUUUAUGAUAAGUGUAUAAUUUUGGGGCGACUUUUUGUUUUUUCACUUCAAUUUCGGAGGCCUUUCAACCCGAGCCAUGUUUGCAGUGGACCACAUUUUCAAGCAGGCUGUGGUCUGCUUGAGGAGAUGUCAAUGUUCUCCAUUUCAAAUUGGAUGUCAACAGAUCAAACAUCAUGUGAUACCAGUAAGAUUUCAGAGUGACUUCCCAGUCAUCACAGUUCCUAAGUUUAUGCAGCAAAAUUUGGAGAAAAGGAAGAGAAAGGAAGAGAAAAGGCAUGCAAUAAAACGUCUCGAAGCAAUCCGUACUGAAUCACGGAAGGGCAAUAAAGAGGUAUGCGUCGUCCGCUGCAAGGACCCCCAUCUGAACCACUACCUGGGCCAGAGUUACCCUCGUGCCACGGGCGUGCAGCUGGCCUCGAGAGGGUGGCACCACACCCGGUCCCGGGGUGAUCACUUCACCGUCUGUGCACGGACUGAUCUGGAUCCCGAUUCUGCACUGGACAGCAGUGAUCAGGGCCACACUACGGUGUCGUCUUUUGCUGAGCUAGGUCUGAAUGCGGAUAUUGUGGCCAACCUGCGAAAGAUGGACAUCGUAACACCCACUGAAAUUCAGCGCCGCGCCAUCCCCCGCCUGCUGUCCGGCUCCGACACCCUGGUGGCCGCAGAGACGGGCUGCGGUAAGACGGUGGCAGCCGCGGCGCCGAUGCUGCACAGACUGCUGGCUGAGACGGUUCCCUCCGCGGACCGACCGCGCGCGGACACCAACCGACCGCGGGCGCUGAUCGUGACCCCCGGUAGAGAACUGGCAGUGCAGAUCAGGGACGUGCUGUUGGCCAUGACGGCCGACCUGCCGCUCCACGUCAGGAUGCUGCUCGGCGGCCGGACCAAGCGGAAGAUGGAGCGUCCCACCGUGCUGCCCAUGGAUGUGCUGGUCGCCUCGUUCGGGGCGCUCAGCAAACUGCACAGCGUCGGUAUCCUGGACCUCUCCCGGGUCUCUCAGGUCAUCCUGGACGAGGCUGACACCCUCCUGGACGACUCGUUCCGGGAGGACGUGCGUCGCCUGCUCUCCCGUCUGCCGCUGUCUGCUCUGUCUGGGGACCUGCAGAGGCCGGGGGAUGGCGGCGGACCGGCCACGGCGCUCACACUACUGGCGGCCACCCUGCCCCGUAACCUGGACUCGCUGCUGGAGGGACUGGUGACGGGUCAGGUGAGCCGUGUGACGUCUGCGCGGCUCCACCACCUCCUGCCGCACGUGCAGCAGAGCUUCCUGCGGCUGGGUUCGGCGCAGCGGGCUGAAGCGCUGGUGCGACUCUGUCGAGAGGCCACGGAGAGACGCGAGCCCGUCAUCGUGUUCAGCAACAACGCCCCGACGUGCGACUGGGUGAGUCUGCACCUGAACGAGAGUGGCGUGGACUGUCUGAACGUCAGCGGCCGGCUGCACUACAAGCUGCGCCAGGGCCGGUGGGCGGCGUUUCUGGCCGGGGAGCCGGCCGUGCUGUCCUGUACGGACCUGGUCAGUCGCGGACUCGACAGCUGCCGGGUGGAGCACGUCAUCAACUUUGACUUUCCAUGGAAUACGUCCGACUACAUCCACCGGGUGGGCCGCGUGGGCCGGGCGGGCAGCGAGCGGGCCGGCACCGUCACCAGCUUCGUCAGCCGGCCGCUCGACGUCGCCAUCGCGCAGCGGAUUGAGAGGGCGGCGCGCACUGGCGAGCCGCUAUGGAACGUCGACGCCAACAUCAAGGACAUCAUCGCCAAGCGGAUGAUGCGGAAGGAGGCGACGACCAGUCAGCAGCAGCGGCGACGGAGGAGCUGACGAGGCCGAGACCGCUGCCCCGGGGGCAGUCGGGGGUGCUCAUGUGCCUGAAUGGUGCUCAUUUUGUACGAAUUGUUCAUUGUUGAUGUACAAAAAUAUAGAGAUCAUGCUAGUCAGAA